AUCAUGACAAAAUACAUGAAGAAAGAAAUUGGUAUCUCAUGCACCAUUAACACAGAAGUUGGUGCAGUUUUAGCAGCAUUAAGGAACAGUUUCGAGCUACCGGCAGCAGAUGAUAAUUACCAUCACACUGUGAUCCAACAACAAUCCUUAAAAUCAUUAAGAUCCCUCAUUUUCAACCCUCAACAAGAAUGGCAGUUUAUAGAUCCUUCAAUAUACCUGUCUCCCUUUUUGGAUGUAAUACAAAGCGAUGAUGUCCCAGCUGCUGCGACAAACAUUGCUCUCUCUUCGCUCAUCAAACUCUUAAAACUCCAACUCUUUGAUGAGAAAACUCCGGGAGCGCAAGAAGCCAUGAAUUCCCUGGUGAUUGCCACCACAAGCUGCAGGCUCGAGAGGACGGACCCACUUAGCGAGGAAGGGAUUCUGAUGAAAGUCCUUCUGUUGCUUAACGGUAUAAUGAUGCACCCUGCCUCUUGCCUUCUUAAAGAUGAAUCUGUUUGUAGGGUGGUUAACACGGCUUUCUUAGUCGUACAGCAAGCAUCCCACCGAGGAAAUUUGCUUCAGAGAACUGCUAAAUAUGUUAUGCUUGAGAUUUCACAUACUGUGUUCUCGAAAUUGAAUAACAUUGAAGCGAAGGAAGGGGAUAAUAAUACCGAGUCUGAUGCAGAUGAUAAUGACAUUGUGAAUGAUGGGUUUAGUCUUCGUUGUGUGGAGGACAUUUUCCAGUUUUUAUGUUCCUUGUUGAAUGUGGUGCAGACAGUUGAGACUGAUGGGAUUAUAUCUCAGAGCAAUGAUGAGGAUAUCCAGAUUUUGGCUUUGAUGUUGAUCAACACAGCAUUGGAAUUGAGUGGAGAUGGAUUUUCCAAGCAUCCAAAACUAUGUAGGAUGAUCCAAGAUGAUCUCUUUCACCAUUUAAUCCAUUAUGGAACUCGUUCCAGCGCUCUCAUCUUGUCAAUGAUUUGCAGCACUGUUUUAAACUCGUAUAACUUCCUUCGCAGGUCACUUAGGCUACAGCUUGAAGCAUUCCUCACCUUUGUUUUAUACAGAGUUGCAAAAAAUAACAGCUCGAUGCAAUAUCAAGAAGUAGCACUUGAAGGUAUCAUCAAUCUCUGUAGACAAUCCACAUUCCUAAUCGAGAUUUAUGUAAAUUAUGACUGUUCUUUCACAUGUUGCAACGUGUUUGAGGAAAUGGGAAAGCUGCUCUGCAAACUGGCAUUUCCAAUGACUACCCCUUUGACAAGCUUGCAACUUCAAGCCUUUGAAGGUUUAAUCAUAAUCAUCCAUGCCAUUGCCGAUAAAGUAAACAAAGGAGGAGAUGGAGUUUCCUUUGAACCAUUUCCAGUUGGAAUUACAGAGUAUUCUCCCUUUUGGGAAGAGCCCUUACGAAAACCAGAUGACUUGGAAAAAUGGGUACAUAUUUUAAGACUGAGGAAAGCACAAAAGAAGAAACUAUUGAUUGCUGGGACGCAUUUCAAUCAAGAUGAGAAAAAAGGUCUAGAGUACCUUAAAAUUUCACAGCUAAUUCCAAAUCCACCAGAUGCAAAAGCUUUUGCUUAUUUCUUCCGCUUUACCCCUGGGCUCAAUAAGACUGCUAUAGGAGAUUAUCUGGGAGACCCGGAUGAGUUUCACUUACAGGUACUGAAAGAAUUCACAAACACAUUCGAUUUUACAGGCUUUGCUCUUGACGCCGCAUUGAGAGCUUACCUAGAGAGUUUCCGACUACCUGGAGAGUCUCAAAAAAUCCACAGGAUUUUAGAGGCCUUUUCAGAAAGAUUCUUUAAUCAGCAAUCUUCUGAAAUUUUUGAAACCAAGGAUGCAGUGUUUAUCCUUUGUUACUCUCUCAUCAUGUUAAACACAGACCAACACAAUCCACAAGUAAAGAAGAAGAUGACAGAGGAAGAGUUUAUCAGAAAUAACAGGGCGAUUAACAAUGGAAAGGACCUUCCCAGGGAGUAUCUAUCAGAGCUUUUCCAAUCCAUUGCCACACAUGCAAUUGCAAUUUUUGCUCAAGCGGCUUUGUUGGUUGACAUGAAUCCUAGCCGUUGGGUUGAGCUGAUUAGUCGAUCCAGACUUAUGAAACCCUUCACUGUUUGCGAUUUUGACCAUAGAUUAGGUAGAGACAUGUUUGGAUGUAUUGCAGGUCCUACAGUUGCUGCUCUCUCUGCAAUCUUUGAGCAUGCUGAGGAUGAUGAAGUCCUUAAUGAGUGCAUAGAAGGGAUAGUUUCAGUGGCUAAAAUUGCACAACAUGGGCUAGAAGACAUCCUUGAUGAGCUUGUAGCCUCGCUUUGCAAAUUCACCACCCUGCUGAAUCCAUAUGCAUCUGCAGAAGAAACACUCUAUCUAUUUGCUAAUGAUUUGAAACCAAGAAUGGCAACUCUUGCCGUUUUCAGCAUUGCAAACAAAUUCGGAGAGUCAAUGCGAGGAGCUUGGAGAAAUAUUGUUGAUUGUAUGUUGAAGCUCAAAAGGCUUAAGCUACUCCCCCAAUCCGUGGUUGACUAUGAUACCUUAGUGACAGCAGAGGGUGAGUCGCACUCAAGAAACAUAAUCGAGGACUCUAAAUAUGGGAGUUGCAGAGGAAACAACUCCAUUGCAGCAGGCCAACUUUCACAUUUUUUAUUGGAGAGUAAUGAAGACUCACUAGUUCUUGGUGGAAGUGAGUUUGAGCAGAACCUGAAAGUUAUACAGCAAUGCAAAAUCGGGAAUAUUUUUAGUAAUUCGUCAAAAUUACCUGCAGAAACAUUGUUAAACCUGGGAAGAACUCUGAUCUUUGCAGCUGCAGGAAAAGGGCAAAAAUUCACAACAGCCCUCGAGGAGGAAGAAACAGUCACUUUCUGCUGGGAUCUAGUAGGAGCUAUUGCUUACGCAAACAUUGACAGGUUUUCUACUUUCUGGCCUGCUUACAAUGAGUAUAUUUUGGCAGUUACUACAUUCCCUCUUUUUUCUCCUGUGCCAUUUGCCGAAAAAGCAGCAAUUAUCUUCUUCAAAUUAAGCGUCAAGCUCCUUUCUUCUAACCAAACUGACAAAUACGCUGAAGAAGUCCUGUUCAAAUCAAUAAGCUUGAUGUGGCAACUUGAUAAGGAAAUUCUUGAUACCUGCUGUGAAAUCAUCAUCCAAACAGUGUGCAAAAUUUUAACCGAAUACCCAGGUAAUAUACAAACCCCAAUCGGGUGGAAGACACUUCUGAAUUUGUUGUCAGCCAAUGGUCGACUACCUGAGAACUAUGAUAAAGCAGUCGAGACAGUAAUUCAGCUGAUGUCCGAUGGGAAAAACAUGUCCCGAACCAAUUAUGCAUUUUGCAUUGACUGUGCUUUUAGUUUCGUUGCCCUGAGAACCAGCUUGGUGGAGAAGAACAUAGAGAUGAUGGAUCUGAUGGCUAAUUCAGUAAAAUUACUGAUUCAAUGGAGCAAAGGUUACUCUGACCCUGGAAGCAGUAUCAGCAAUGCAAGCAUCACAAGCAGUCCGGAAGACAGUAUGAGAUUGGACUACACCGUACCUUUAUUUGUCAAGCUAGGAGAAGCCUUGAGAAAGACAAGUCUUGCACGACGUGAAGAGGUGAGAAACCAAGCAAUAAUAAGUCUCAGAAAAAGCUUUGAAUUAGCCUUGGAUCUAGACAUGACAUCAGCUAACUGCAUCAGCUGCAUAGACAUUGUGAUAUUUGCUAUGGUUGAUGAUCUGCAUGAAAAGAUGUUAGAUUAUUCCAGGAGAGAGAAUGCAGCGAGAGAAAUGAGGAGCAUGGAGGGUACCCUGAAGUACGCCAUGGAGUUGUUAACAGACACAUUUUUGCUAUACUUAAAGCCGAUAUCAGAAAAUCCGGGAUUCAGCAAAUUCUGGCUAAGUUUGCUAAGAAGGAUGGACACUUGUAUGAAAGCUGAUUUAGGUGUGCAUGGUCCAUCAAGAAUGCAGGAAGUAGUCCCAGAAUUAUUGAAGAAGAUGAUUGCAGUAAUGAAGACCACAGAAAUUUUGGUGCCAAGAGAAAAUGAUGAUCUAUGGGAGAAUACUUACAUCAAAAUUCAAUGGAUAGCACCAUCAAUCACACGAGAGCUCUUUCCCAAUAUCCCUUCGUAG